AUGGAAUUCGGUGAAAAUGGAUUUGGAUUUAUACAGAGCUCACCGGUACGGCACGGCACGAGUACGGGAACAGGCAUGGGCACAGGGAUAAGAAGCAAAGUGAUGCUGGUGCUGAUGCUGAUGAUGUGUGCGAAGUUGUACGUGACGCCAGCGAAGCCGAGCGCCAAAUGGCAGAUUAUGUCGCCAGGCAUUAAAUCACUGGGUGCAGGCAUUAUCUCAAACACAAAGAAAACACAUACAAAAUCUUAUUGUAUAUAUCUCAAUCAGAAUAAUUCGAAUCAGAGCACCGACAACUACACCAUGGAAGUCAACAGCUUGAGUUUAUUCAGGAGUCACUGGAUCGUCUGGAAAAUACUUGGAAUAAACUCUAAGGACAUAAACUGGAAAAGACUCUACUCCGCUUAUAAAGUCAUUUUGUAUCUUCUUUCAACAAUUUGGUACCCGAUACACCUCGGAAUUUGUCUUUUCCGCAACUCUAAUCUCACGGACGAUAUCCGAAACUUGACAAUAUUUCUUAUCUGUUUGUCUUGUUCGGUGAAGUUCGUAAUAUACGCUUAUAACUUUAACAAAAUACACCGAAUUGAAGAAAUUAUACAUCAACUGGAUUCCCGAGUUACAGGAACGGCACAGAAAAACAUCCACAAUCAACUGGCAACUCAGCUUCGGAAUAUUGUAUAUGUCUUCAUUGUCAUCUAUCUGCCAAUUGGAGUUGCUGCCGAAUUGGCAUUCCUCUUUCAGGAAGAACGUGCUCUUAUGUAUCCUGCCUGGUUUCCUUUUGAUUGGAAAAAAUCAAAUCGAAACUAUUACUUAUCGCAUUUGUAUCAAAUUAUUGGGCUUUCUUAUCAGCUGCUUCAAAAUUAUGUAAACGAUAGUUUCCCCGCCGCUGUAUUGUGUCUGAUGUCAUCUCAUAUUAAGAUGCUUUACGAACGCUUUGCGGAAGUUGGAUUCGAUGACGCUGAGGACCCUGAGGAUCAACUGGAGGCGUGCAUUACAGAUCACAAGCGUCUGCUAGAGCUAUUCCAGACAGUUGAGACCUUUAUUUCAGUUCCCACGCUUAUUCAAUUUGCUGUGACUGCAGUGAAUGUGUGUAUAAGCGUAGCGGGAGUGUUAUUUCUGUUUAACGAUCCCAUGAUGAAGGCAUAUUAUUUCUUCUGUGCAGCCGCUAUUAUCUUAGAGAUAUUUCCCAUCUGCUAUUAUGGCACAGAUAUUCAGAUUUGCUUUGGGAACUUACACUAUGCAGCCUUCAGAUGCAAUUGGAUAAAACAGAACCGGAGUUUCAAGAAGAAGCUGAUGUUGUUUGUGGAGCGCUCACUGAAGGGGAGCACACCGAUGGCUGGUGGAAUGCUGCGAAUCCACAUUGACACGUUUUUCUCCACUCUCAAGUUUGCUUACUCAAUGUUCACUAUCUUGAUUCAGAUGCGCAAGUAA